AUGAGGGUGAGGCGUCUGCAGAGCUACCUAACAGAGCGAAACUUGUUGAAAAGGAGUUCGGUGGAUGACAUAAAGAAUUUAACGUUAGGAGUAGAUGCCUUAUACUUUUUACGAACGUGCAGUGAGUUAAAAGAUGUGCUAAGUGACGUAUCUGGGUGUAUUUCCCCAUGUAUAUUUCACUUGAUAGACAAGCAAUGUGAGCAUUUCAAGAAGUUAAACAUAGAUGUGCUCUUUGUGUUUGAUGGAAUUACUCCCAGGGCUCACAAACUUUUCUCAGCACCAGUGCACCAGAACAUAGAAGAAGGAUGGCUCUAUUAUGUAAACAAGGAAAUGAAGUUAUCCACCUCAAAUUUCGAAAAAGUAUCCAACAUAUGUAAUUCAGAUGUUUCUUUUAUAUUAUUUCAUUAUUUAAAAAGUAGAGGAUUCAAGUGUAUGUAUGCUCCUUAUUUAGCCAUUUCACAGUUGUCUUAUUUUGCCCAUAUCCAUAUGAUAGAUAUAGUAUUUGGACCUCCAACAAUUAUUCUACAGAAUGUAUCUAAGGUUAUUGUAAAUAUUAAAUGGAAAGAGAAUUACUUCGAAUGGGUCGAUUUAUACUUCUUGUUGAAUAUUUGGAACCUAACGAAUGAGCAACUCAUGGAUGCAUGUCUAUUGGCAGGUACAGAAUAUUGUUUAACAUUCCCUUACUUAAAUUUUUCUUAUUUUAAUCAAGGGAGGAAUGAGUUUAGUUUCGAAACGGCCAUUGAAUUUAUCCGGCAAUCAUCUCUGGUAAGUUACUUAGAAGAGCUUCCGAAUGAUGAAGUGGCUGCAAACCAUAUCCAGGGGUAUUGUGUUUGUAAAGCGCUUUUGAAAUUUCCCAUUGUUUUACUUUGCAGUGGGGAAGUGGGUUUUUUCUCCAAGGGUGUUGAAGUGGAGGGGGGUGAUGAAUUGGAGGCAAGUCUCCAGGGGGAGAGACAAAUGGAUGGCGAAGGGGAGGAGCACUCAAAAUGGAACAAGGUGGAAAAUGCACCCAAGGGCGAUGUACACAAUGUGCACUAUUCGCUAGAUGAUGGGAAAAAUACGCAGAAGGAAGAUCAUGUUGCCACAUUGGAAACGACCCGCAAAGUCGGGAGGGUAAGUCGGGGCGUAUCUCCCAGUUGCGGUGGAGCAGACGGAUCGGGUGAUGUCAUGUCGGUGCAGAAUGGAGUAAACGAAGAGCAUGGCGAGAUAAGGGAUAAUGUGAGCACCUCAUACAAAGAGGGAGAUACUGCGCCAAGUGGGGGAAAUGGCGAAGGAGAUAAGAAAAAAGUUGGGUGUUUUUUCACUAGGAAUGGUCACAUGGAGAGCAGUGAAUCCAUUAACCCCAAUGGUGGAUUAAAUUUUCAUAAGGCGGAAGAAACAUCGGAGGAAGACAAUUUCAUGAAAAAAAAAAAAAAAAGCUUCAAUGGUGAUGAUGAAAUAUCGGAAAAUUAUUUAAAAGUAGUUGGAGCGAAAUUUCCAACGAGCGUUUAUUACCUAAUGUCUAUUGGACUGUUGAGUAAAAAAAUUUUAUGUGUCCUUGCGUUAGGAGAGUGGAUAGAUUACACACACCCGAUAAUAGAUUCUUUUGAGUAUAGAGACUCACUGAUAGACUUAAGGGAGUACCGUUGUCGGAUGUUGGGACUCAUUUCUGUAAAGUUGAAUCCGUUUUUUUAUAGAAGGAAAAUAAAAUUUUUUGAUUAUGGAUACUAUGUGAAUAACAUUUUGGACGGGAAGGAUAACUUCACAUACUUGGAUGUACACCUGGUGGAUGGUUUCCUAUGGGACAUCAAUAAGACCAAUGUAAGUGAAGAGAUAAGAAGACAGAAGAUCAGCAAGGUUGACUUGCAGUUCAUUUUGCGUUGGCACCUGUACUCGGAGAGCAGGAGUAUAUCGCUUGUGUGCGGGCGCAGUGGGGAUAGUCGCAGAGGCAGCGGAAAUAGCCUCGUCAGUGGAGGAGUGUCCAAACGAUUAGGGAGUUCCACGGAGAAGGCUGCACAGAGUUCAGAAGGGUAUACAACCGAUGAGCAGGAUUUGGACGGUAGAUCCGAAUUGGGUAAUGGUUCUAAUGGGGUUGACGCACCCCAAGUGUCUAAUGCUUCCGACGUGGAAAGUGCACCUGAGGGGGAGGACCCCUCAGAAGUAGAAUCUCGAGCAGAGCAAAUGACGAAGUACUAUAACGACUACUACAAAAAUCUACUGAAGGUUAGCAACCAAAACUUCGAAAGUAUCCUCUCCCUGAUAUAUUACAUGUUUCUGGAAAAUUUGGGAAUUUUUACGAAAAAUUGUGGAGUUACUGUUUUUGGCCUUCUACUCUCAGAAGUGAAAAAUAAAGAUAUCGAUAGGAAUAUUCUGAUAAUAUUUGAAUUAUUGAAAUUUGGAUUUUUGAGUACGGAGCCAUUGGUACCUCCAAAUGGAGAUUCCUAUCCAGAAAAUGCUUACUCAUCUCUGUUGAAAUGUAAAAAUUUGAGUGAACAAGAUAAAAAGAGUGUUACUCUUUUAUCUAGAAUAUAUUCUUUAUAUAAUGUAGAGAUAGAUAAGUGUACAACGUAUGAUGGUUUGAUUGACUUUGAUCUCUGUGCCUUCUUCGCUGUGGUGAAAAUUAUUAAAAAAACCUUGAGACAGUUACUACAGGCUUGUGUUGCCAAUGUACUUAUAAGUAAUAUGGAAUUAAUUCACCUUCUUCCGGAAAAUUUGUAUAAUCCUGAUGAUAGCAACAUUUCUGGUUUUUUCGUAACGCACCAUCUUAUGGGUGUUUUAACGAAAUAUUUUUUGCUAUUUAAUUUUGACGAUUUAAAAAGUGGAGAGACGAACUAUCCUGAUGGUUCAGGGGGAUCCACCAGUGGAGGAGAAACCACUACCUCUGAUAGAGCACAUGGGGAGGAUGCAAAGUUUGAACGGGUAGUAGAUGAAAAGGAGCACAAUGAAAUUAUCAUGGGAGAUGUAGAAGAGAAUAACCACGUAAGUCAAAAUGGAAAGGAGGAUGAAAGAAUCGUCCAACGGGACUCACCCCUUCUAACUCAAAAUGAGAAAGUUGGCAGAACAAAGCAUGUUGAUGAAAAGGGUCUUCAAGGGUUGAAGGAAAAUUUAUCGAGGACUGAUGCGAAUAUAGCUAAUGAAGGGGAAGAAUCAAAUGAAGCCAACACUUGGAAGGGUUGCAGCACACGUAAUAACAAAUCGAAAGAUGACCAUGCCUAUGAGGGGGAUAGCACUGUGGAAGAAGUAUGCAUUGAUGAGGGGAACGGGUUCAUCGGUGGAGAUAUUGAAGGGGAAGAAAGUGUAUCAAAGGAUCACGACAUCAUGGGGGGAGGAAGCGUACGAAUGGGAAGAAGCGAAGGACCUUGUAAGGACAGCUACAGAUGCGAAAUGACGAAUAACACAGAAAGGAAAAACGGCCAUUAUUGCACAGUCCAAGAUAAUUCACAAAACCACUUUAACAAAUUUGAAAAGGCGGUGAGGGAAAACUUUCCGAGCUUCGUAAACCCAAUCAUUGAUUUAUGUAAUGCGAUAAACACGUGGAGGGAUCACCUAAGUUUGAUCACACAGCUGGAAAAGCAUACGAAUGUGUACGACUUGGUCUCAGACCUCAAGGCGGCAGAUCAAUUUUUGCAGAAGAAAAUUCACUACAUAGGGUUGGACAAGACGAAGGCGUACAUUAACAUUUGCGCUUCCAACAACUCGUAG